GAUAGUGCGCCAUGAAGGGUUUGUUUGGUUGUCUAAAUGCCAUGGAGAACCAUAAGCCUUACAUAGCAAUGCUCCUCGUACAAUUUGUGUAUGCAGGCAUGGCUUUGUUCUCCAAGGCUGCAAUUGCUAGAGGAAUGAAUUCUUUUGUGUUUGUCGUUUAUCGCCAAGCUUUCGCCUCAGUAUCGUUGCUUCCGUUUGCUUUCUUUCUUGAAAGGAAGGAGGCAGCACCCUUGUCGUACGGCUUACUUUUCAAGAUCUUUUUGGUUUCCUUGUGCGGUGUUACUCUGAGUUUAAACCUUUACUAUAUUGCUAUCAACUACACCACUGCAACACUUGCUGCUGCAACUACUAAUGCAAUUCCUGCCAUUACAUUUGUCAUGGCUGCCCUGUUAAGGAUGGAAAGCAUUUCCAUAAAACAUGUGCAUGGAAUUGCCAAGGUGCUGGGUUCUGUUAUAGGUGUUUCUGGGGUGCUAGUGAUUGCUUUUGUUAAAGGGCCUCCAAUAAAGUUCAUGAAUUGGCACCCAGCCAAUGAUCAUGGCCAAAUUCAAGAUUCAUCAAAAACUUGUUGCUCUAGAGAGGAGUGGAUAAAGGGUACUCUUCUCAUGAUUUCAGCGAACACGCUUUGGUCUUUGUGGCUUGUCUUGCAGGGUCCUAUUAUCAAGCAAUAUCCAGCAAAACUACGCCUUACCACUCUACAAUGCAUGUUUAGCUGCAUACAGUCAGCUUUUUGGGCCAUUGCGGUAGAGAGGAACCCUUCAUCUUGGAAGCUUGGCUGGGAUGUUAAUCUUCUUUCGGUGGCCUACUGUGGUAUAGUUGUCACUGGCAUUACUUACUGGCUGCAAAUAUGGACAAUAGAGAAGAAAGGACCGGUUUUCACAUCAAUGUUCACUCCGUUUGCUCUUAUUAUAACAGCAAUUUUCUCGGCAUUCUUGUGGAAAGAAACCUUUAACUGGGGAAGUGUUGGUGGGGAUGUUUUGCUGGUGGGCGGGCUUUAUGGCGUAUUGUGGGGCAAGAAGAAAGAAGAUGGGAGAAACGUAACAACAAAUGGACAGAACACUACCGAAACGAAAGAGAAGAUCACUCUGGAAUGCAUUACAUAUGAUUGAGUGAUGGGAUGGUAAUGUUGCUAGUGGUUUUCAUGCCGAGGAUCUCCCACAGUAGAUAUUGAUCCUGAAAACACCACCGAACCUGAAGAUCUCAUCCCAGUGGGAUUUCCUUUUUAACAACGGAUUUUAUGGUUUGUUUUAAGUUCUUAACUUUUUAUUUCUCCUUUUUUUUGUCUUGCAACCAUGUAUAUAUGUAUUAUUAUGCUGAAACAAUAGCCUGUAAUUCCGAUAGUUGUAUUGGAUCAAUCAUUGUGUU